GUGUUUUCAUUUGAUAAGCUUUCUCGGGUUCUCUGCAUCAGCUCGGCAGCUGGGUGUGCCUCCCCGAGAAGCAGCUAAACUCGGGGAGGGACGUGUUGCAAAACCUUGCUCAGGAUUUUUUGCCCCUCCAGUCUUGUUGACAAGCCGCGUCGGGCAAGGGCAGAGUCGUGAUGUAUUGAGCGCAAGCACAGAUGGAAGGCAUUUUGCGCAGACAAUGCCCUUCACUUCACAGGACCGAGCUGGAAUUCCUGAGCAGAAAUGUUCCCCCAAAACCAACGUCUAGGUGUCAAGGCUCAGGAGCGAAGCAUUUCCUAAUGAGCUCUGAAAUGCUUAAACUCUGGACAGAAAUACAGACUUGUACUCGGGAGCCCUCUUCAUUCAGGUCUGCCUUGGCUGGAAUCUCUACCUUUCCACCGUCUUGAUGCUGGUCAUAACUGCUGUCUAUACCAUUGCAGGUGGGCUGAUGGCAGUCAUCUACACCGAUGCUCUGCAAACCCUGAUCAUGGUGGUUGGCGCAAUCAUCUUGACAGUAAUUGCCUUCCGCCGGAUUGGGGGCUACCACAACCUGGAGGAGGCCUACUUAGCUGCCACCCCGUCGAAGAUUGUCCCCAACACGACUUGCCACCUGCCCAGGCGGGACGCAAUGCAUCUCUUCCGGGACCCCGUCACCGGAGACCUGCCCUGGACGGGCAUGACUCUGGGCCUCUCCGUCUUGGCCACCUGGUACUGGUGUACCGACCAGGUCAUUGUCCAAAGGUCCCUCUCGGCCAGGAACCUCAACCACGCCAAGGCCGGCUCCAUCCUCGCCAGCUAUUUGAAAAUGCUGCCAAUGGUUGUCAUCGUUAUGCCAGGCAUGAUUAGCCGAAUUCUGUACCCAGAUGCUGUUGGGUGUGUUGAUCCAGAAGAAUGCACUCAAGUCUGUGGAGCAGAAGUUGGAUGCGCCAACAUCGCCUAUCCCAAACUGGUGAUGGAACUCAUGCCCAGCGGUCUGCGGGGGUUAAUGGUGGCUGUUAUGAUGGCUGCCCUCAUGUCCUCCCUGACGUCCAUCUUCAAUAGCAGCAGUGCCCUCUUCACCAUGGACAUCUGGAGGAAGGUCCGGCAGGAGGCCAGUGAAAAGGAGCUGCUGCUGGUUGGAAGGGUGGUCACCAUUGUCCUGGUGGCAGUGAGUGUGGUUUGGAUCCCCAUCCUGCAGAGCUCCAACAGCGGGCAACUCUUCGUCUACAUUCAGUCGGUCACCAGCUACCUUGCCCCCCCGGUCACUGCUGUCUUUCUUCUGGCUGUGUUUUGGAAGCGAGCCAACGAGCAGGGGGCCUUUUGGGGCCUGAUGGUGGGCCUGGCAGCGGGGCUGAGCCGGAUGGUCUUGGAGCUUGCAUACCCCGUCCCCCGCUGCGGCGCCCUGGACCAACGCCCUUCCUUUGUGAGGGACCUCCAUUACCUGCACUUUGCUCUGCUCCUGUGCCUCCUGACUGCUGCGGCGGUGGUGGGCAUCAGCUGGCUAACGCUGCCUCCAUCGGAGGCCCAGAUAAAGGAUGUGACUUGGUGGACUUGUCGGUCCCCGGAGGAGCCUUCAUCCCUCCAUCUGUCUGUGCCCCAAUCAGUGCCUGGAACAGAGAAAGACGCUCCCCUGGGGAUCCUCCAGCAGCGGUCCUUCUGCAGCGAGAGGGAAGCCGAAGGCAGGAGCACCAACCGGGCAGCGUCUGGCUUCUGGUCCCAGGUCUGCUCUGCCAACGCUGUGAUCCUCAUCUGUGUCAACCUCUUUUUCUACGCUUACUUUGCUUAAAAGAGCUUCUUU